UGCGCUCACUCUCACAAACACUCUUAUAUAUACACUCCCAUAAUACAGACACAUUCUUCCACGCACUCACUCCCAUACACACACAGUAUCACAGGAGAGCGAUAGCAAUUACAAACACCAAUGAGAAGUUAUGUUUUUUAAAUUUAUAUUUUUAUGAAGCUGUCCCAGUCAGAUCCUACAAGUGUGCGCUGUACAUGUACACAAGCGCGUGUUGUAUAUAAUACAUACAUAUAUAUACCAUUUAUACCUAUACAAACGUGUGUAUGUGUCUCUCUGUAGCCUGUUCUCUCUUAUUUAUCAAAACAAGACAACGAACAACCAGCCAAGUUGCUACAACAGGACAGUGGACGUGACACACUGUUGGAAUGUCGCCCGGAGUAAUAGCCCGGGCCACCAAAGCGGUCACUGCUCACGUGAAGGAGCUAAAGGGAAAGUCCAGCAGUAAUAGUGGGAGCAGUGGUAGUAAUAAUAAUUGUAACGGUAGUAGUAGUUGUAAACCUGAGUAUGGACCUAUUAAAAGCCGUGAUAAUAUACCAUCAGAUAUGAUCCAUAACUUCAGUACAAACACCACGUACAAACGAGGGAAAUUACUUGGGAAGGGAGGCUUUGCACAAUGUUACGAGUUGAUCGAUUGCAAUACAAAUAUAGUAUACGCUGGAAAGAUUAUCCCGCAUUCACGGAUAGCAAAAGGAAAUCAAAAACAGAAGAUCCUACGUGAGAUAGAACUACACAGGAACCUGAAGCACAAACAUGUUGUAGAAUUCCAUAGUUACUUUGAAGAUAGUGAUAAUGUCUACAUCAUUCUGGAAAAUUGCUCACGAAAGAGUUUGGUCCAUGUUCUGAAGAAUCGUAAAUGUUUGCAAGAACAAGAGGUACGUUACUACAUCAGGCAACUGAUCGAUGGUGUGAAGUACAUUCACAAGAACAAAAUCAUCCAUAGAGAUUUAAAACUUGGUAACAUGUUUUUAAACAAAGACAUGCAAGUAAAGAUUGGAGAUUUUGGUUUGGCAACUACCGUGAACCAUGAAGGGGAAAAGAAAAUGACAGUUUGUGGAACCCCAAAUUACAUUGCUCCUGAAGUAUUAUCCAAAAAGGGACACAGUUACGAAGCAGAUAUUUGGGCCAUAGGUUGUAUUUUGUAUGCAUUACUCGUGGGACGACCACCAUUUCAAACUUCUACCCUCGUAGAGACCUACUUCCGCAUCACAGCCAAUACAUAUACCAUUCCAGCAAACAUAUCUCCAGCAGCAGAAAAACUUAUCAGUCGAUGUUUGCAUGCAUUGCCAUCGAUGAGGCCGUCCCUCGAUGAAAUUGCUGCUGAUGAAUUUUUCACCUGUGGAUAUAUUCCAAAAUCAUUGCCAUCUACCGUCUGUUUAUCAGCUCCGAAAUUCCCUGAUCACCCAAAACCUGCAAGACCAAUGUCUUAUGCUGACCUUGAAAACCAAGUUGACAAUGUCAAGGUAAUUACAAAUGCAUUGCACAAUAGGAAAGCUGAUUGGGAGGUAACUGCACAGAAACAAGAGCACAAGCCUGCCAUUAGAGAAACAGAUUGUGAUAAUUUAGUACCAACAUCAUCUAAUAAUCGACACUUCGAUCUCUCAUCCUUCAGUUUGAAUGCAACAGUUUUAUUAGAAGUCUUAGAAAGUUGCAUUGAAAGUCCUAUCAAAGAAACAAUAUCAGAGGAUCAUAUCUCUUCAAUUCAUUUGAACUCUCAGGAUGUAGUUUGGGUUACCAAGUGGGUGGACUACACGAAUAAAUAUGGUUUCGGCUUCCAACUAUCUGACAAUUCUAUUGGAGUGUUUUUCAAUGACACUUCACGAAUUGUCAUUGCACCAGACCAAAGGUUAAUACAGUAUAAUGAUGUGACAGGCAAAGAGUCAAGGUACCCAAUUGACUGUGUCCCUCCAAAGCUGGAAAAGAAGAAAAAGCUCCUUUUACUCUUUGCUCGUUACAUGGAUGAAUAUCUCAUCAAGGGAGGAGAAUUCACUGAUUAUUCAGUGUUAACCGAUUCACCAAUGUCUGGCUUAUAUCUGAAGAAAUGGUUUCGUACUCCCAGAGCUAUCCUUAUGUAUCUCAGCAAUGGCACCCUACAAGUUAACGUUUUGAGUGACCACACCAAGAUUAUUAUUAGUUGCAAUCAGAACAACUAUUUUGUCACUUACAUUGACAAAAGACGGCUUGCUCACACUUACAGUGUAGUUUCUAUCAUGAAGAACAGCUGCCAACCAGAGCUAAAGGAACGUUUGCAGUUCACUCAUAAUAUGUUGGAACAUUUGAUCAACAGUGAAGGUGAAAGCAUCUGAUCUUGGUCAUUGGUACCAAUGGAAAAAAUAAAUUUCAAAUACAGAAAGAAGAUUGAAAGA